AUGACUGCCCCGUCUUACGAACUUUCAAAGUUUGUGGGAAAAAUGAUUCAAAAUUCAAUCGACAGUUCGUACAAUAUCAAGGAUUCCUUCGAAUUUUGUGAUUUUAUCAAUAGUGUUACACUACCGCCUGGAUACUCGUUGAUUUCACUAGAUGUAGUGUCAUUGUUCACCUGUAUUCCGAAAGACCUAGUAUGCCAUGACGUGAUAUGUGGUUGGGAACAAAUUAAACCACACGCCAAAAACAUUUGUUUAGAUUUGUUUCUUGAGCUAGUAGAAUUCUGCAUUGACGCCAGUUUCUUCAAGUUCGACGGUCGGUUUUACAAACAGACUUUUGGUACAGCUAUGGGCAACCCGCUAUCACCUACAAUAGCGGACCUUGUCACAGAAACUCUAUUAGACUGCGUUUUAAAACAACUGAAUGUAAAACUACCGUUCAUCAAAAAGUAUGUGGACGAUUUGGUUACAGCCAUUCCACUGGACAAACUGGAUCAUGUAGUCGACACUUUCAACAGUUACAAUCCCAAUAUCCAAUUCACUUGUGAGAUUGAGGAGAACAACCGGUUACCCUUUUUGGACAUGCUGUUAGUGAGACACGACGACCAGCACAUCUCCACCGAAUGGUAUCAGAAACCCAUUGCGAGUGGUCGUUUCCUAAAUUAUCUGUCAGCGCAUCCCCCACAUCAAAAAAUAAAUAUGGCCAUCAACUUCAUCAACAGAGUCGACAAACUGUCUCCCGGUCUGUCAGAAGCGUCGAAAUUGGAGAUAAUGCACCGACAUUUGGAGCUGAAUGAUUAUCCGAAAAAACUACGCAACCGCCUCAUCAACAGAAGAAACACCCGACAAAAUAUUGUCAACCAACCGGACCAAAACAACGCAGAUACUACUUACCGGUCAAUAUUAUACAUUCCCUACCUCACUGACAAAAUAGGCAAAUACCUGAAAAAAGACUACUCUAGCGUAAAAUUAGCCACACGAAACACAAACUUAGCUAAACAAUAUUAUACACAAACAAAAGAUAAAAUAGCAAAAGACGAACACUGCAAUGUAAUUUAUGGCAUCCCCUGUAAUGAUUCAUGCCGCGUACCGCAACCACCGUCAUGCCACCAUCAACCCGGCCGAAUCGAGUGGUGCGACGACGAUGACGAUGACGACGACGACAAUGCGAACCAAGCGUUACAAAAUGAAUUACCAUCACCACGAGCGGCCAGCAGCAGCAACGGAGCGUGGUUUGGUUCGGUCCCUUGGAGCCGCAUCAUCUGGCGACCGUGA